AUAAAACUAUGUAGUCCUUUUUAGUAGAUCAAGUGAAUGACCUCUCGCCAUUAAAACUGAAGGUAAUUGUUAUUUUAUUUUUAUGUUGAAGUGACGUUUCUAUUGUUAUUUUCUAUUAUUACUGAAUGUUAACAGUUUCUAAUUGUAAUCAUCUUGGAGAUGAAUGUAUUGCAUUGUUGUCGUCAUUUAUUCUGUGGCAUUUAUUGCACUCUUUUUGUUGUUUCAGAGGCUGUCAAAUGGAACAAAAAGAAAGGGACGAGAGACCUCGUGGUCCCCCCUCCCUUUGUGACCUAUGACCUUUCACACUGACUCCAUUGAAGUGGGGUCGGGAGAUGCAAGUAUUCCAGGCGUGAACGCCAUCGUGGCCUCAAAGAUGACGUUUGGAGGCGCGUCCAAGGUGGACCAACAAGGACGUAUAAAUCCCCCAGCAGACAUUUCACUGUGUGGACGCUGUCCUUCACGCUCAUCAUCUUCAUCAUCAUCGACAUCGUCAUCAUCAUCUUCGACAUCGUCCUUUGCAGGCGCUACCAGAAGACAACAUGUCCGAGGCAAAGAAAAUGGCGUCCAGUCGCCGGCAUCACCUGAAGAGUUUGAUGCUGCAGAUUGCCGCCAGCUGGUUGGAGCAGGAAGCCGUCGCCAUGGUCGCCACCAAGAAAGCGCACAUGGCGGAAAAGUGCCCCGCCCCCGACCUUGGCGGGGACCAGGCUUCUCUGAUGGACGUCUGCAAGAAGCUGCAGCAGAUCAUCGAGAAGAUCGACGAGGAGCGCUACGACACCGAGUCCAAAGUGUCUAAGGCGGACAAGGAGAUCCAGGACCUGAAGAUGAAGGUGGUGGAGCUGGCGGGCGUCAAGAAGCCCGCCCUGAAGAAGGUGCGCAUGUCGGCCGACUCCAUGCUGCAGGCGCUGCUGGGCUCCAAGCACAAGGUCAACAUGGACCUCAGGUCCAA